AGGACCAGGAAGCGCUGAACUGUCUAGCAGUCGCAGAAGCUUCUUGCGUAUUCUGAGGGGACCAAAUGACUUCUCGGACAGAUUCUGUAAUCCAAAACUUUACCUUUAUGAAUUAGUAGAGCUUAUGAGAGAAAUAUAAGACAUUACUAGAAAAGGUGACUGAUAUUGUUCAAGAUAAGAGCGUCUCUUACACCGCGUGCACGCAUCGCGCUCAUCACAAUCGACUAGCCCUUCAGGUCUGAAAAGCACUGUAAGCACAAAGAUGUCCAAGCCACCGAAUUCUGCAUCUCAUUCCCGAUCCAGGUCCCGGUCUAGAUCAAGGUCAUAUUCUCGAUCUCACUCGAGGACUCGCUCUCGUUCAAGGUCCAGGAAGCGUCGCUACAGUUCCAGAUCAAGAUCCCGUUCACAUAGCAAGGAGAGGAACUAUUCUAACAGAGAUUUUCAGGGUAAUCGCGGAUAUAACCGUGGUUUCCGUGGCUACCGGAGGCCCUUCCAGUACAACCGAGGCAGAGGUCGCGGCUACUUCCCUCGAGGUAAUUAUCACAGAGGUGGCGGUCCUUAUGGUUACCGUUCCAACAACUGGCAUGGCCAUAGAGACCAGCAGCAGCAGCAGCAGCAGUAUGACCACUCUUACAGCCCUAGGAGGGGGCGCUCUCGGUCCCAUUCUCCUCGUAAGCGUUCAAGAAGUCGAAGCAGAUCACGCCAUUCCAAUAGGUCAUCCUCUGGGCAUUCCAGACACUCAAGCUCCUCCUCCCACUCCUCGUCUCCAAGACGACGCAACACAAGCUCCGGAAGACCCCAUUCAAAAGAUUCCAAGGGAAGGGGCUCACCUGGCGAAAGUAAGGGAUCCACCAAGGAAGCAUCUAAGCCUGCGGGAAGUACCACUGACGAACCUUCUAGUAAAUGGGAAGCCCUGAGCGAUUAUGAUGCUAGCCCCAAAAGCUCAGGCAAUGCAAUAUCUACCAGCAGUCAGGCAGAGGCUAAAGUGUCCCUUUCUGGAGGUUCUGGCAAUGGUUCUGGCGGUUCACUCUGGCGAAGCAUUGGUCCAACCAACAAGAGCCCGCCAGAAAAGGCAUCAACAUCAACAUCAACUGGCUUUGGCUUUGGCUUCUUUUCAAAGGAAGAUGUGAAGGCAGGGGACAAGUCAGCAUCCAUCUCGUCUGCUUUCAAGAAGUUUUUGGCAGAAAAGAAAAAGCCAGACAGGGAUAACAGCCGUGGUGAGGCUUUAUCUACGGGAGACGCUGACAAUGAGAAGAGCAGUGGUAAGUCGAGAGGCAUUUUUGACGCGUCGGAUUCUGGCUUCGAUGGCUCAAAGACUGAUAAAGGACUUCCUUUUAUCGACCCUGAGGAAGAGUACCACCAGGAAAUGAAAGACAGGAAGAGUGAGGAAGAGUCCAAAUAUAAAGACAAAGUCCCUCUUUCAUUGCGAGACUUCAGUGAGGAGCGUUUUGGAAAAUGGGAUGACACUGUCUAUCUCUCUAACAAAGGUUCUUCUCAGAGGGAUGAAGACGUAGAGGAGGAACUGGAUGAGGAACUUUACCGAAGUCGGAAGCACGCGGCAAGAAAGGAAGAGAAAGCCGCCAAGAAGAAGGAAAAGAAAAAGAGCAGGAUAAGUCUAUCCUCUCCGUCGCCCUCUAGAGGAUCAGAGACUAGAGGCAGGCCAGUAUUCCCAGCUGGAAGAGAGGCCUCGCCCCCAGCCAAAUCCACAGUGAAGAGAGACCCUCAGUUUAAUUUCAGUGUAAAAGCAUUUAUUGAUGAAGGAGAAAGCUCAACUGGUGCAUUAGGUAAAGAAAGACAUUUGUCACGGGAUCUUGUGCACCCUGGUAAAAAAGAUCAUGAGGAGUUUCGCUCAAUCUUCCAACAUAUUCAGGCUACUCAGCUUCGCAGGAGCCCUUCUGAGCUAUUUGCUCAACACAUAGUCACCAUCGUACAUCAUAUUAAAGCUCAACAUUUCCAGUCAUCUGGGUUAACUCUGAAUGAGCGAUUUGGAAUAUACCAAAGAAAAGCGGCAGAGGUGGAAAUGAUGAAGCCAAAGAAGAGUCCUGAGAUCCACAGGAGAAUCGAUGUGUCUCCCAGUGCUUUUAAGAAGCACACUCGCCUGUUUGAGGAUUUCGAAGAGAGCGGCUACAAGGAUCAUGGUAAAAAGCAUGAAGGUGAUUCAUUGGACCUUCGAUUUGCUAUUGAGCGCCGUAAAAAGGAACCUAAACAAGAAGGUGGAAAGAGUUCAGCUGGAUCACGCACACCCAGCCAUGAGCUCUCGCCUGACAGAUCCUCCAAACACAAGAAGUCAAAGAAAAGCAAGAAGAAAAGAGAGCGCUCUCCUUCCUCUUCCUCCUCUUCAUCUUCCUCUCCCUCCCCUCGUCCAUACAGAGGGAGGGAGUACCAUGGGGAGGAGCACAUGGAGGGAGCAGGGGGGUUUAAUAAGGCUCGUCUGGGGUCCAAGGAGUACCUCGGGCCCAUUGAGCGUGGUGUCCCCCGGGACUAUGAGGGUCAUAUGGACAGGGGUUAUGAGAGGGGCAGAGGAGGGUAUGAUCGAGGAGGAUAUGACAGGGGUCGUGGAGGUUACGACCGGGGAUUUCCCAGAAUGAGAGGUAGAGGAUGGAACAGGGGAAAUUACCCAGUCAACAAUCCCAACAAUAACGCUCCGAAUAUGGGUGGCCCCCCACGCCCCCAAGAGGAGGAGUGGGACCCUGAAUACACCCCCAAGAGUAGGAAGUACUUCCAGAAUUUCUGCGAGUUGAGACGAGAGGAAGGAGAAAUAGAUCACUCAUAGGCAACUAUUUGCUUAGUUCUUUCUUUGUCACUUUGAAUCUUAUGAAUCGCAAUAACUUUCAUGGUUAACACAUAAUAAAAUCCCUAGCUUAGUAAAAACCUUUUUAUAUGAUUAACGAUCCUCUCGAUACAACAUCAGUGUCGGAAGUCUCUGUGCUUUAAGAUCGAUCCUCCGAUCCCUAUCAAGUAAACUGUCUGGCCCAUACAUUGAUCUGUUACUGGAGGGUAUCAAUUAAACUUUAAUAUUUCACACAUUCUAUUUUCUUGAAAGUGAAAAAAAAACCCAAUUUAUUUCAAAUCUUUUUUUUCUCUUUCUCUCUAUCUCCCUUUCUUUGUUUCUCGAUUUUUUUUUCUCU